CAUUUCAAUGACACCAAUGAGACUUUUGCCGAAGAAAGUCGAAGGCUUCCGUGUUAAUAUAAUAAUAUGCUUGCGAUUGCUGUAUUUGUUGGGUGCAGACAAGAUAUAAAUGAGGGAUGCUAAUGAUCUCCAGGAUGUCGUUUCAACCCUCUUGAAACAAGACUCCUACCGGACGGCCCACACAACCAAAACCAGCAGAUCCCGUCCUGGUAUAUAUUGACUUGCUCUCCCUAUACUCAUUCGUCACUCGGUCCUUCCGUUCAGCACUUGCUUUUCAUCUACCUUCUCGGAAGCGUGCUUCCUGACAUUCAUUUAUUUACCUACACACUCUUUUGACAAGAUCUAACUUCUAUACCUCCCUUUCACAUUUUACAUCCAAGAUGCAUGUCCGUGGGUCAUCUAUUUACUUCACCGUCGUUGGCUUGACCUCCACGACUGCCGUUCUCGCUGCCGUUCAGCCUUACGGGCAAUGCGGUGGCCAAGGCUACACUGGCGAGACAGCCUGCGCAGAUGGCUGGGGCUGCAAGCAGUGGAACGACUACUACUCCCAGUGUACUGAAGGUGUCAGUGACUCUGCACCAUCUGCUGCACCUGUGCCCAGCAGCAAUACUUCUAUUCCUGAUCAGACUUCUGCUGCCCCAAUUGCUACCAGCGAUGUCAUCGUCCCUACGUCCGUUGCGUCCUUCCCGUCCAUCAACGUAACGGCAUCUGUUGCUGUUCCCACCACAUUCGAAACCUUGAUUGCGUCCUCGAGUCCUGCUGUCGUCCCUGAAGCUGUCUCGUCCUCAGUAGUCAUCGUAUCGAGCAGUGUUGCGGCUCCCACCGCCGCUCCCACUGCCGGUGCUGGGAACAACACCGGCGCGUUCGCCUUCGGUGAAGACUGCUCCCUCGACGCAGUCUUCAAGGCCAAGGGCAAGAAGUACUUUGGUGUGGCAACAGACCAGGGCCGACUCACCACUGGCGACAGCGCCGCCAUUAUCAAGGCAGACUUUGGUCAAGUCACGCCUGAGAACAGUAUGAAGUGGGAUGCUACCGAGAAGAGCGAAGGCACAUUCUCCCUCGCCGGUGCCGAUUACCUCGUCGACUGGGCUUCUACCAACAACCAGCUCAUUCGCGGUCACACCACAGUCUGGCACAGCCAGCUGCCAGCUUGGGUAUCUGCUAUUACAGAUAAAACGAAGCUAGAAGACGUCAUGAAAGCACACAUCACCAAGCUUGUUGGCGGCUAUGCAGGCAAAGUCUACGCAUGGGAUGUUGUCAACGAAAUCUUUAACGAAGAUGGUACCUUCCGUGAUUCCGUCUUCUACAAAGUCCUCGGCGAAGGCUUCGUCAAGACCGCCUUCGAAACCGCGCGUGCCGCAGACCCGAAGGCCAAACUCUACAUCAACGACUACAACCUCGACUCCGCCUCGUACACCAAGACCAAGGCUCUCAUUGCCAAGGUCAAGGAGUGGGUCGCGGCAGGUGUCCCCAUCGACGGCAUUGGCUCGCAGGCGCAUUUGGCUAAUAAUUGGCCGAUUGCGGAUUUCCCGGGCGCGAUGAAGGCACUGUGUGGCGUGGUGAGCGAGUGUGCAGUUACGGAGCUGGAUAUCAAAGGCGCAGCGGUGGCAGAUUACGAGACGGCGGUAGGUGCAUGUGCGGACGUGGAGAACUGCGUGGGUGUUACAGUAUGGGGUGUACGCGAUCCGGAUUCGUGGAGGCCGGACGGUACACCGUUGUUGUUUGAUGCGCAGUUCCAAGCCAAGGAAGCGUACAAUGGACUGUGUAAGGCGCUUGCGUAGAUGGUGGGGAGGGGGCCUUGAUGGCAAUUUGGGGAAUUUGGUUGAAAUGUAUGUAUUGUGAGAAGUACUGUGCGAUAUUGCAAUACGAGGAGUCGCGGUCGGACUUUGUCCCGCGUUUGCAGCAAUCCAGGUCAAUCCUGUACCUG